CAGUGUCCUGCGAUGGCGGCGUGCGGGAGCGAGUCUCGGGUCGGAGACGUGGAGGAGGACGCCUCGCAGCUUGUGUUUCCCAAAGAAUUUGAAAACUCCGAGACGUUGCUGAACUCCGAAGUCCAUAUGUUGCUGGAACACAGAAAACAGCAGAACGAGAGUGCAGAAGAUGAACAGGAACUGUCAGAAGUUUUCAUGAAAACGCUAAACUACACGGCCAGAUUUAGUCGCUUCAAAAACAGAGAGACCAUCGCCAGUGUCAGGAGUCUGCUAUUACAGAAGAAACUGCACAAGUUUGAACUGGCCAGUCUGGCUAAUCUAUGCCCUGAGACUGCAGAAGAAGCCAAGGCUCUUAUUCCCAGCUUGGAAGGGCGAUUUGAAGAUGAGGAGCUCCAGCAGAUUCUUGAUGAUAUUCAGACCAAGAGAAGCUUUCAGUAUUAAGGCUACGGUUUCCUACCACUGGUUGGUGCUGCUCUCCCACGGGGACUUGUUAAAGAGUGAAAAUGCAGAGGCUGUGAAAUUUGAACCCAAUUCUUAUCUAUCGUCAACAUAAUGGGAAAUCAUUCUGAAUUAACUUUGGGUCUGGACAUCAUGCAGGAUAACAUUUCCAAGGCUUCCAGGAUAUAAGGACACCAGAAUUUCCUGUGUUUUUUUNAAGAGAAAACGUUGUAUUUUGUUUAUCGUGAUGUCAAACUGAUAUUUCCAUAUUUUUGUAUCUUGUACAUUUAGCCAUUUGCAAGAGGUGACAAAUUUAACCCUAAAAAGUUGCUGGUCUUUUUCGUUUAAUUGAAGUAUGAAAGUUAUUUUGAAUAGCAUUAAAAAUGCUGAUAGAGUUCAGAGUGAAAACAAAGGAAAAGCUUUUAUACCUCCAGUUUAAAUCUGUUGAAAAUCACACAAGAAUAUUUUUUGAAAAAUAAUUCAGAAGCUUUACCCUAAGACCUAGUGAGUAAAAGGUGCCAAGACGCCAAGUAAAAGGUGCCAGGGAACUCCAACACAGUGCAGACUGUUCUUGCUCCUAGCUGUGUAAAGAUGCAUAUCAUGUCAAGCUCAGGUCAAGAAAGGGUAGUUCAUUUCAGCCACUUACUGGAAAAUGCAUUUUGGGGACAUUCAGCAAAUAUAAAUAUAAAUUCAGCAGUCAUGUUAUUCACUUUUGAAUAAUAUGCUGACACUCAUUGCUUAGACUCACACAUUAAAAAUGGGCACUUGCUGAGGUAUCUGAGAAAGUCAAUACCUGUAUGUUUUGUGAUUUUUCUCUUCUAACUUCAUUUUUUUCGCAAUUAGCGCCUCAUUCCAUUUAGGUCCUAUUUUAUUUGUCACAAAAUCAGCAAGUGCCCAUUUUUGCUGAAAUUCGCUGAAUGUCCCCAAAAUGCAUUUUCCAGCAAGUGGCUGAAAUGAGCGCUACCCUUUCUUGACCUGAGCUUGACAUGAUAUGCCUCUUCACACCGUGUGAUAUCUCCAAGGAAUAAAGUUGGUAAACGUUUGUACAAUUGUGCAACGUUUGUACAAUUGUGCAACGUUUUGACAGGUAUUGUAAUAAAGUUCUGUAUCAAAUACAA